UUCCACAAAUUGUUGAUUUUCUUAUAAAGGACAAUGUCCUUCCUCAACAACAUUAUUCUUAUUUCUUGUCAUAAAUAACCUCAAACAUUUCAAAUACAUAUUCUUCUGCACAUGAAUCCAAAUCUCACGUUUGACUUCGUUCCAUGUUGCUUGUUCCUUCCUUCCAUUUUUGUUCAAAUUUUGAUCCUUUCUCCACAAACCCUUUAUUUAUCAUGUUUCAAAUUUUGUUCAUUCAAACCCUUUAUUUAUCAUGUUUCAAAUUUUGUUCAUUCGAACCCAAAUAAUCAAAAAGCAACCUUUUUUACAUUUUUUUGAUCCAAAGCUUUGAUUUUUAGCUAUAAAUCUGCAUAAUUUCGUUGAAUUCUGAUCUGGGUUUUUUCCAUUUUCACAUAUUCAUUUAUCACUUUGAAGCUUUGAUCCUAUAUCUGGUAAAAAUCCAAUCUUUUGAUUUUGAUUUUGUGUUAUAAUCAUGGGUAUUUGUUUGAGCAAAAAGGAAUCAGCCCCAGAUCAAAGACAUGUUGAUUCUGGUAAUCACAACCACAAUCAUAAUCAUAAUCAUAAUCAUAAUCAUAAUUCCAAUCACAAUCACAAUCAAAAUCACAAUCACAAUCAAAAUCACAAUCACAAUCAUAAUCACAAUCACAAGAAUCAUGAACCCUAUGUGAAUCAAUCAAAAGGCCCUUCUCCACAUGCCUCAAAUACAAAACCUGUUCAAAGAUCAGCUGCAAACACAAUUCUAGGCAAACAAUUUCAAGAUGUGAAACACUUUUACACAAUUGGGAAAGAAUUAGGGAGAGGACAAUUUGGUGUGACUUAUAGAUGCACUCAAAAUUCAACUAAUUUGAAAUAUGCUUGCAAAUCGAUUUCCAAGAGGAAACUUGUUAAUAAAGCUGACAAGGAAGAUAUAAAGAGAGAGGUGCAACUCAUGCAGCAUAUGAGUGGACAGCCAAACAUUGUUGAGUUUAAAGGUGCUUAUGAGGAUAGAAGUCAUGUUCAUGUUGUUAUGGAGCUUUGUGCUGGUGGUGAGCUUUUCGAUAGGAUUAUUGCGAAAGGACAUUAUAGUGAAAGAGCCGCGUCUUCGAUUUGUAGACAGAUUGUUACUGUUGUUCAUAUUUGUCAUUUCAUGGGUGUGAUGCAUAGAGAUUUGAAGCCAGAGAAUUUCUUGCUGUCUAGUAAGGAUGAUAAGGCAAUUAUCAAGGUUACUGACUUUGGCUUGUCGGUUUUCAUCGAAGAAGGAAAGGUAUAUCGAGAUAUAGUUGGUAGUGCAUAUUAUGUUGCGCCAGAAGUUCUGCGUCGUAGAUAUGGGAAGGAAGUGGAUAUAUGGAGUGCGGGAGUUAUAUUGUAUAUCUUACUUUGCGGCGUGCCUCCGUUUUGGGCAGAGACGGAAAAGGGAAUAUUUGAGGCCAUAUUGCAAGGUCAUAUUGACUUUGAAAGUCGUCCAUGGCCAAGCAUAUCAAACAGUGCUAAGGACCUUGUUCGUAGGAUGCUUUUACAAGAUCCGAAGAAACGCAUCACUGCUACUCAGGUUCUAGACCAUCCAUGGCUUAAAGAAGGUGGAAGUGCUUCUGAUAAGCCUAUAGACAGUGCGGUACUUUCUCGAAUGAAGCAAUUCCGAGCGAUGAACAAACUAAAAAAACUCGCCCUCAAGGUAAUUGCUGAAAAUCUUUCUUCGGAAGAGAUCCAAGGUUUGAAGUCAAUGUUUACAAACAUGGACACUGACAAAAGCGGUACAAUCACAUAUGAGGAAUUGAGAACAGGAUUGCAAAGACUCGGCUCAAAGCUUACCGAAGCUGAAGUUCGUCAGCUUAUGGAAGCUGCCGAUGUAGAUGGAAAUGGCACGAUUGAUUACAUAGAAUUCAUCACUGCUACUAUGCAUCGACACAGGUUAGAAAGAGAUGAACAUCUUUACAAGGCCUUCCAACAUUUCGAUAAAGACAGUAGCGGUUUUAUUACAAGAGAUGAACUGGUAGCCGCCAUGAAGGAAUAUGGUAUGGGCGACGAUGACACAAUCAAGGAAAUUAUAUCCGAAGUUGAUGCCGAUAAUGAUGGUAGAAUCAACUAUGAAGAAUUUUCUACAAUGAUGAGAAGUGGAGUCCAACAACAAGGCAAACUAUUAUAAAUCAUACAAAUAUCAAUCACUAGUUUGAAUCUUCUGCAUCCAAGAUCAGCAAGUGAAAAAGCUUAAACUUCUUUAGUUGUGAAAAGAGCUUUCAAAAGUUUCAUACAUCAUAAUAUCAUAGGCAUGUAAAGCUCCCAAUAUAGAUUUGUUUUCUAUUCUUCUCUUAUAUUUCUCUUUUUUGUUUCUUUUAUGUCUAGUUUUGAGCUAGUAGCACCGACACCUCUGGAAAAAGAUGUGUCUGUGUCAUAAACCGACACCGACACUUGUGAUUACGUUUAAUUUAUUCAUUUUUUCAAAUUAUUAGUGGUGUUGAAUUGCCAGUGUCGGUGUCGUGUUUUCAGUGUCCGUGCUUCAUAGGUUGUUUUGAGUUAUCUUGUAAUUUGUUUUGGACAAACACUCAUAAUUUGUUUUGGACAAACACUCAUAAAGUAUGAACUCACCUAGGAAAGGUGAUUUUCUCAUUAAGAUCAUAUCAAUUAUACAUAUAUAUAAAGAGAGAUGUUUUGUGCUUAAUUAUUUAAUACAAGCAUGCAUGUAGAAAACACAAACCAUGAACUAAUCUUGAUCAGAAACCAUGAAUCUUGAUGUUAUCCUUUCGGACGAGACCAGCGUGAACAAGAAAGUGCGAAACAUUCUUGCGCUGAUCGCCUUGGAGUUGGAUAAUCUUGCCAAGAUCCUUACAAUUGACAACGUUUCCGUUGCAACAAAACUCUUUCUUGAGAUCUUUUAAAAUCUUCUCAUAGCUGUACUCCUUCUUCAGCCCUUGAACUGUGGUUAGACUCUUCUUUCCAUUUCUUUGUUGUAUGCGAAUGUGCACAUACUCCUUUGUUCCCGGUGCAUCGGAUUCUUUGGCCUCCGCGAAUGGAUCGAAUGUGCUUGGGAUUUGAAUGUCAACCAUGUAAACUUUCUUUGUGAUUAACUCUUAUGUAGCUGCCAAAAACAAAA